AAGCAGACUUCCAUUGAGUUUUUAAAAUAUAUUUUACCGUGUCAAUGAGUCUACACGAUCUGUGGUACAUGAGGUUUACGACGUAUAGUGCAAAAGCUUCCCUUUGUUUGGGAGUCACGUUUUGUAGCGCUAGUCGAAGCUUAGAAAAAGUAGCAUUGCUUGGUACCGCGUGUGUUGAGAUUUCUUCGGCCUUUCAUCUAAUUUUUAUCUGGCCUAACCUAAAGGAAUGUCAGGUGAUCGUACCCAAGCAGGGCCUUCAGCCUCAGGAGCAAGUACAAGCACCAGCCGUGGACGUAGCUCUGGUUCUUCGUCUAACCAAAACCGUGAAAAGGAACCUAAACUUAAUCCUAAAAUGUCAAAAGCUCUCGGUACUAGUGCUAAAAGAAUUCAAAAGGAAUUAGCAGAAAUAACUUUGGACCCACCCCCUAACUGCAGUGCUGGGCCCAAAGGAGACAAUUUGUACGAGUGGGUGUCCACUAUCCUGGGCCCCCCAGGUUCUGUUUAUGAAGGAGGGGUGUUCUUUUUAGAUAUUCACUUCUCACCAGAAUAUCCAUUCAAACCUCCAAAAGUAACCUUCCGCACAAGAAUUUACCACUGUAACAUCAACAGCCAGGGGAUCAUCUGUCUAGAUAUCUUGAAGGAUAAUUGGAGCCCUGCCCUCACUAUAUCGAAAGUUCUUCUUUCAAUAUGUUCUCUACUUACUGACUGUAACCCAGCUGAUCCGCUGGUAGGUAGUAUCGCUACUCAGUAUCUCCAACACAGAGAAGAACACGACAGGAUUGCUAGGUUAUGGACGAAGCGUUACGCCACGUAAACAUGCGAUCGUUAGGGUAAUCCUCACUUUUCUUGUUAUUUCCAAAGCAAUGAAUCUGUAGCACCACCUUCCUAAUAUCCAUCGACCAUCCCAGCAGUUUCAGCACACUCGUCCAGGCGAAACUAAGUGAUCAGUAAUAUCUGUCCAGUUCAGUGAGUUGUUGUUGUGUAAGUUGUUGUUAUAUGUUUAUCCACCAUAAGUAAUAUAUUCCGAGUUCAAUGACGAUUUAUAAUAUUUUGCGUAUUGCAUUCUUCUGUAUUUUCUCUCUCCGAAGCGAACAUGUUUUUGUAAUUAAUACGUUUACCUUUCUCUGAUAAUUUGAAAACAUUAUUUUUAAUACCCACCAGAGGCUCAAAUUGAUUGUCACAACUUUAGUAAAGUGCUAAAUUGUAAGAAAAAUAUAUGUUACGAUACAGUACAAUCUCCGAAAUAAACAAAAAAGCCAAAUAAAGUUGUCUUUUGUUUAUUGCUUGGAGGAUUUUGUACAGGUGUAUAUAGUUUGAUGGCCAGAAACUAGUUUUUCACCUUUACUAGCCUAAUAAUUUUUCUAAUUAUUCAUUCAAUUAAGUCCUCCAGCGAGUCAGCGAUAAGUUUAUGGACUUGCAACGUUAAAAUCCGGGUUCGAUUCGCCGCGGUGGACAGAGUGCAGAUAGCCCAUUGUGUAGCUUUGCGCUGUAACAAACAAACAAAACAUAAAGAAGAACAAGUACUUUAUUUUUGCGUGGAUUUACAAGGAAUUAGUGAUAAUGUUGACAUUUUGGAAUUUUGUGAUGGUAAUAGUCUUCCAAUUCAGCGAUCUUGAAAGCCCUGUUUUAUAUUAACCUUGAACAGCAAAAGCUAUUAUGUUGACAGACGAAGGUCAAAAUACAGCUGUGUUGAUCAAUCAAGAUAAAAUACCAAUUUUUACGUUAUAAAUUAUAAAUCUAAUGCACAGGUGAAGCUAUUAUUUUACACUCUUAAAAAAGGGAACUAUUAGUGACAUUUUUUUAACCUAAUGUGUAUGUUCCAAACGAUCGUUAUCCCUUACAUUUUCUAAAGAUACAGCUUCAAAAGGACGUUUUAAUAACAAAGAGCAGUAAAAAUAACAUAUAAAAAAUCUGAUUAUUGUGAAUUAUUGAAUAAAAGAUUUCAGUUUGAGUGUUAGGCGUAAGCCAUUUCUUCAUCGCAACUAAACAUAACCUUUCUGUGGAUUGUUAAAUUAAGGUAAACAAAACAGACUAUAUAUCGGGACAAAGUAUAUCACUAAAGUAACAUUUCAUAACUAAUGUUACUCGACUAUUAUACAGGAUGAGUUUUUUUUUUCAGUCUUCGAUAACUUAAUAUCUUUUAUAUAACCUGUCCGUUGUUAGGACUAAAAAUUGAGGUUUGAUACCCGCGGUGGGUACAGCGCAAAUAGCCCAUCAUGUAGCUUUGCACUGAAACACAAACAAACAAAAUUGUAUGUAACCAUCUUUGAAACAGCAUGAUUUCUGAAGACGUAGAGCGUUCAAUAUUUGAGUAAAAUAAUUUCGAUUUUAGAAUUUAACAAUAUAUUUUCUACCAGGUAAAGCGUUUAUAUUUAUAUAUAUAUUUUCCCUAUAAAACUAUAUAAAGAAAACUAAACUAUAACAAAACAUAUAUAUUGUUUUACCUAAUAUAGGCUAAAUAAGAGUUUGACAGUCUUCUGACGAACAACCCACCUAGCAACGUAUGAGCCGUUCUAUUUAUUUUGUUAUGGUAAAAACAAAGGAAAAUAAACGCUUUUAUUUUCAUUAACUUUAAAAUGAAAAGCUUAUAAGAUGUGGUUUUAAUGGAUUUGGAUUUUACACACGUUGUAAGUCUGCGUCUACACGUCUGUAAUUCAUAUUAGCAGUGUUCAAUUUCAGUGCAUCAUUUCUAUUAAUAGAAACGGGUAUUAGUUUCAAUGUGUGUUUUUCUUUGAUUGCACGUGCUUACAAAAAAAAUGUUUUAGUUAGUGCAGUUUUCAUAUGAAAAACCCUUUAUUUUAUUUUAGUUAGAGCUGUCAGUUUCAGAGAACAAUAGCUAAAUAUCUAAUUAAAUGUGGCGGGAACUGGCAUAUAUUCAUGUGAUUACGAGUUUAUGUAUAUGAUGAACAGUAAUCGAAAUUACGCAAAUUUGGCGUUCCAUACGUCCUUAUGAUUGGAAAAUUAUUUAAACUAAUAGUAAUCUUGAAGUGGUUGUAUACACUUACACUUAAAAAAACGUAGAUUAUUGAGUAUAAAAUAUAAGAAACUAAGAUACUAGAUUUUUGUAAAUUCGUUAGUUCGUAGUAUUAGAGUGGACAUUUCAUAACUUCUGGCGGUUGUACGAAAUAUUAAAAAAAUAAAUACAAGUAAAAUCAGUGGUUCUCAAACUUUUCAGACACACAUACCACUUUUUGCUUAAACUGUUUUUUAAAAUGUUUUUUUUUUAACUUUUGCCUAAUUUAAAGAAAAACACGAAAAAACCAGUAGCAAAAAAUAAUAUAACACUUACCUAUUAUUGGGAAGGAUGUGAUUGUUUUCCUGGCACAAAUAAGAAUGUGUAGUGUGAUGUUUUUCAAUUUGAAAGGAGAAAAACACUGACGGGUUUAUGCAGGUGAAAAGUGAUGAGACUAGUGUAGGCGGGAACACCAAAUUGGGCUUAUAUCAAGUUUUAAAAUUUUACAUUAACUUUUUCGUAUACCACCUACAUAUCACCAAUGGUUGGCGUACCACAGUUUGAGAAUCGCUGAUGUAGAUGAUUAAAGAAAAAAUAAAUAAUGUACAAGGAAUGACAGUAUUUUCUUUACCAGUUUAUAUGUGUAUAAUUAUGAAACCGUAUCAGUCUAGUAUAUAUAUAUAUGUAUAAGUAUGAAACUG